CUGGCACAGCCAGCAUUCACACUGCUGAGCCAGGUACAAGGCUAAACUACCUGUCGAAUCAUCUCGUUGCAUCAUGAAGCUUACUAUGGUGUUGACGCUGUUGGCGUUCGGGAACACGCGGGCAUUUCUCGUGAGUGCACCGUUGAGCGGGAGGACCGCUGCUGCGGCGGCGAUGGGCACGUCGAGCGUGUGCCGAGCUGAAGAUUGGGCUGGGUUCGCACGGCGACGCUCCGCUGGCUUGUGUAUGGCCACGAAUUCGGAGCUGGACCAGAGCGCAGAGUACGUGAAGGCGGAGCUAGCCAGGGUCCAAGAGGAGUACGAGGCCAACCGAAAAGCUAAGAUAAAGGAGCAGACGCGACAGGCGGCGGCGAGAGGGGAUGCCGCCGUGACCCCCCUGGCUGACCUGGAGUUCCAUUCCUUCCUGGACAAGGACGGGAAGGUGGCCUCGAUAGACACGAAGGGCGUCAAGGCUAGCGUCUACGCAGUCUACGACGAGUCCAAGACACUGCGGUACAUCGGAGUGUCGCGCGGGAUUCAGCAGAGCCUCCGCUUGAGUCUGGCCCGCCGUCCAAAGGACACGUACUACUUCAAGGUGCAAAACAUCACGCGACCCAGCCGAUCUCUGCUGGAAAUCAUCAAAGAGUCUUGGAUAGAGGAGAACGGUUCUACGCCUGACGGCAACGCUGACGAAGCCAGUCAGGCGGUGUGGGAACACGCCAUCAACGUGGUCCCGUUGUUCACCGAGGAGGACCUGGCCGUCGUAGCAGAGUGGAAGGAAAAGGGGAAGGAAGACCGGGGGCUCAAGAAAAUCGCGGGCCGGUUCGAGAACGAAAUUCUGGAGAUCUUGGAGGAGCGGGGGGUGAAGGAGAGCAUCCGGUUCGACCCCAAGCUCAAGGGAAGGGGGCUGCUGGAUGUCAAGAUGCCCAAGCCGGACAGCAGUGUGCCCAAGUAA